UGCUGUGGUCUAGUUGAAGAGCGGCUGUAUGCAUAGAGGCACAGACCUGGGUGUGGGUCCACCUACUGGAACGCGGAGAGUGGAAACAACAUUCGGGAAGUAACCUGAACCUGUGAUCUCUAAGGCCACGGUAAGGAGUUUUGAGAUUUUAUUUGGCCUGAAAAAGGCAGCCAGCUCGGUUUGAUAGUGGUGCGGGGUGGAGCAGUGCCUAUGGAAACUGACUUAUUUGGGGGCUGUAGCAAGUCGUCUAAAAGAAACAGGCUGAAACGAGCAUGAACAGAGGGCUUUGAAAAUAUGCCUGUGAAAGAAGUCAGACGAACAGAAUUCGUUCUGAUAGCUCUAAAACGAGGACUCCUCCCUGCUUUCUGGUUUGAGAGACCUGGUUGGUGGUGGUACCAAUUAAUCUGGAGGGGGAAAGCGACCGUCCUUCCUGGACAGUACAUUCAGAACCCUCAUUUCCAGCAGCAUCCCAUCUACUGCUGCUAUCCAGGUCAGGAGACCAGUUUCCGGAAAACUCGGCAACGUUCGGGUCUGUCUUUCAACAAUUCAGAAGUUAGUAAAGAGCAGUUUCAAGAUGGCGCCCCCUAAUGACUAGUCAUAUGACCUCGGGUUUCCCUUGCUGGAAGCCCGGCAGUCCGUUCGGGACCAAGAUUCACCUGUCACCAAACGUGUCAGCUCUUCGAAUCUCGCGAGCCAAUCGGCAUCUGAGACUGGGCCACAACGGCGAAACGCUCGGGAAGACUGGUCUUUUCCGCUCGCCUAGCCAGCAGCCAAUCACCGAGUGUGAUAUACUUCGCGGACCCUCCCGUAGGCGGGGGAGAAGCAGGAUUGUCGUCAUAGCGUGGCGGUAUUGUUACCUAAGGAAUUGAGAAGAGGUGGGACGUGUGUGAUUGACAGCCCGAUUUCCCCUACGGGGAUUUGAGAGUUUGGCUCAAUACCCCGCCUUAGAGGUGGGGUCUUAUUUGAUUGCCAAGUAUUGUUCCCCAAUGGGAUACUAGUUCGUGAUGACGGGCAGGCUGCUUAACUAAUGAAUCCUCGGCGUGGCAGGCGCAGUUCUCCAAUCGCUGGGCGGCGGGCCCCAGUCUGAGCGGCGAUGGCGGCGGCGGCGGCGGCGGCAGCAGCAGCGGGGGCUGCGGGCGGUCGGGGCUCCGGGCCGGGGCGGCGGCGCCAUCUUGUGCCCGGGGCCGGUGGGGAGGCCGGGGAGGGGGCCCCGGGGGGCGCAGGGGACUACGGGAACGGCCUGGAGGCUGAGGAACUGGAGCCUGGGGAGCUGCUGCCGGAGCCCGAGCCUGAAGAGGAGCCGCCCCGGCCCCGCGCCCCCCCGGGAACUCCGGGCCCUGGGCCCGGUUCGGGAGCCCCCGGCAGCCAGGAGGAGGAGGAGGAGCAGGGACUGAUCGAGGGUGACCCGGGGGACGGCGCCAUUGAGGACCCGGAGCUGGAAGCGAUCAAAGCUCGAGUCAGGGAGAUGGAGGAAGAAGCUGAGAAGCUAAAGGAGCUACAGAACGAGGUAGAGAAGCAGAUGAAUAUGAGUCCACCUCCAGGCAAUGCUGGCCCAGUGAUCAUGUCCAUUGAGGAGAAGAUGGAGGCUGAUGCCCGUUCCAUCUAUGUUGGCAAUGUGGACUAUGGUGCAACAGCAGAAGAGCUGGAAGCACACUUUCAUGGCUGUGGUUCAGUCAACCGUGUUACCAUACUCUGUGACAAAUUUAGUGGCCAUCCCAAAGGGUUUGCAUAUAUAGAGUUCUCAGACAAAGAGUCAGUGAGGACUUCCCUGGCUUUAGAUGAGUCCCUGUUUAGAGGACGACAAAUCAAGGUGAUCCCAAAACGAACCAACAGACCAGGCAUCAGCACAACAGACCGGGGUUUCCCACGAGCGAGAUACCGUGCCAGGACCACCAACUACAACAGUUCCCGCUCUCGAUUCUACAGUGGUUUUAGCAGCAGGCCCCGGGGUCGCAUCUACAGGGGCCGGGCUAGAGCGACAUCAUGGUAUUCCCCUUACUAAAAAAAGUGUGUAUUAGGAGGAGAGAGAGGAAAAAAGAGGAAAGAAGGAAAAAAAAAAAAAGAAUUAAAAAAAAAAAAGAAAACCAGAAGAUGACCUUGAUGGAAAAAAAAUAUAUUUAAAAAAAAAAGAUAUACUGUGGAAGGGGGGAGAAUCCCAUAACUAACUGCUGAGGAGGGGCCUGCUUUGGGAGUAGGGGAAGGCCCAGGGAGUGGGGCAGGGGCUGCCACUCACUCUGGGGAUUCGCCAUGGACACGUCUCAACUGCUCAAGCUGCUCCCCAUGUCUCCCUGCCCCACUUCACCCCCUUGGGGGCUGCUCAAGGGUAGGUGGGCAUGGGUGGUAGGGUUUUUUUUACCCAGGGCUCUGGAAGGACACCAAACUGUUCUGCUUGUUACCAUCCCUCCAACUUCUCCCUAACUUUCACAGUCCCCUCCUGCCUGCCUGCUCCUGUCCUGCCAGGUCUGCCACCCACUCCACCCCUCUUCUCCGGCUCCCUGCCCCUCCAGAUUGCCUGGUGAUCUAUUUUGUUUCCUUUUGUGUUUCUUUUUCUGUUUUGAGUGUCUUUCUUUGCAGGUUUCUGUAGCCGGAAGAUCUUCGUUCCGCUCCCAGCGGCUCCAGUGUAAAUUUCCCUUCCCCUUGGGGAAAUGCACUACCUUGUUUUGGGGGGUUUUGGGCCGUUUUUUGUUUUGUUUGUUUUAUUUUUCAGUUUUUUUGUUUUGUUUUGUUUUUUCUUUGCCUUUUUUUCCCUUUUAUUUGGAGGGAAUGGGAGGAAGUGGGAAUAGGGAGGUGGGAGGUGGAUUUUGUUUAUUUUUUUAGCUCAUUUCCAGGGGAUGGGAGUUUUUUUUUUAAUAUGUGUCACGAAUAAAGUUGUUUUUGAAAAUAAAAAUUGUUUGGCCUCUUGGGUGUAA